CCAGAUGACGUCACAUAUCAAAACAUCUGUCGGCUGCAUCGAUGCACAACUAGUAUCCAGCCCGUUACCUUACGUUUAUACGGAUACUUUUUGAUCAAUAUUGUCCAUUUUUUCAAAAAAAAAAAAAUACACAAGGUGGUUAUCAAGCAGAAAGCCCAGUUUCCGUCCUGCCCUGCUGUAUCUGAGCGUCAGGAUAGGGAAGCAAAGUGAAGCGGCGGCUGCCAGCGGCGCAGCGAGCCUGGUGGACAACAUGUCAGAAAGUCCAGAGAAGAGCGCCUCGGUGUCGGCUCAGGAGCUGAAGGAGCAGGGCAACCGGCUCUUCCUGACCCGCAAGUACCUGGAGGCUGCAGCCUGCUACGGCAAAGCCAUCACCCACUGUCCCUCCGUCCCUGCCUACUACACGAACAGAGCGCUGUGCUACGUGAAGCUGCAGCAGUACGACAAAGCGCUGGCCGACUGCAGGCAAGCGCUGGAGCUGGACAGCCAGUCCGUCAAAGCCCACUUCUUCAUGGGCCAGUGUCACCUGGAGAUGGAGAACUACGACGAGGCCAUCGGUAACCUGCAGAAAGCUUAUAACUUGGCCAAAGAGCAGCGGUUGAACUUUGGCGACGACAUCCCCAGCGCUCUGCGGAUAGCGAAGAAGAAACGCUGGAACAGCCUGGAGGAGAGGAGGAUCACCCAGGAGAGCGAGCUGCACGCCUAUCUCACCAAACUCAUCCUCGCCGAGAAAAAGAGAGAGCUGGAGGGCUGCGGACAGAAAGAGGACAAGACCGACGGCGGCAGGAUUCAACACAACCUCAACGAGAUCCACACAAAACAUGACAAGUACCUGUCAGACAUGGAGGAACUGUUCUGCCAGGUAGACGAGAAGAGGAAGAAGCGCGAGAUCCCGGACUACCUGUGCGGAAAGAUCAGCUUCGAGCUGAUGAGGGAGCCGUGCAUCACUCCCAGCGGCGUCACCUACGACCGGAAGGACAUCGAAGAGCAUCUGCAGAGAGUCGGCCAUUUUGACCCGGUGACGCGCACUCCUCUGACCCAGGACCAGCUCAUCCCAAACCUGGCCAUGAAGGAAGUGAUUGAUGCUUUUGUGAUGGAGAACGGGUGGGUGGAGGACUACUAACUGAUGAGGAUGUUGAUCAAGUCCAACCAGCGGCGUGUUCGUUCUCGCCUCAGGUGUCACGUGGAACCGCGAACACCUGAGAUCACUUUAAGUAAACGCUUGUUUUAGAAAUGCACAUCUGUUUUAAUCCAGACUGAGCUGUGUUGUCGGACAUUAUUGAAUCCUCUCCGUUGAUAAAAACCUCAGCAUUCACGAUUAUCAGUUAAUGUAGUUUUCUGUGACACAGCUCUGAGAAUCAAACUGCCCACUACAAUCACUGAAAUACAGCAAAAUAAUCUUCGCUGUAUGGCACAUAAAAAGCUUAACAAGUGUAAAUAGAGAUAAAUGUUGUGUUUGCUGGCAAACGGAAAAGGCGGGAAAUUGUAAAACUUUGUACGAAAAGGACGAAGUCAGUGGAAGAAAGGACCAGUCUUUGUUCUACGUAUUGAUCAGUGAGUUUAAAACAUAUUCGUGAGUUUGUUUUUUUUUUUAUUAUUAUUAUUAUUAUUAUUUGUGCUUCUGACUUUUUAAGCAGUUUGUUGACGUCAUCUGCGGUUGCUUAAACAUUUGUAUGCGGGGGUGUUUUCAUUUAUUUUAACCGUACUAUAUUUGCUAUUUAAAUGUUUAAUGUUUAAAAGUGACUCUGCAGCUUUAAAACAAUCAAUUUAAAAGGUUUCUGCAUAUAUAUAUGUAUAUAUAUACAUAUAUAUGUAUAUGUCACUGACAACUCAAAAGAGCAGAGUUCAGACUGAGGCGACAGCAAAAUGUUGAAAAUGUUCAGACACAAUAAACUUUCUGUGUUUUCUA